AUGAACGUGAAUUGGAUCAGCCACCUCGAAAAUCUGCUCGACAAAAAGAGAAGCCGCGAGAGGAGCGACCACGCGAAAGAGAUUAAGACGGAAAGGAAGGUGCACAGGUAUAGCAGCCACCAGGGGAGCACCCACCAGGGAAACACCCACCAGGGGAACACCCACCAGGGGAACACCCACCAGGAGUGUAGCCCCCCCCUGAGCAGGCAACAUGUGGGGGGAGACCAUUUGGGGAGCCCCCCGGAGUGCGACUACCGACAGUUGCACGCAUACCGCAUAGAGAAAGCCAUUUUAGAAAACUACAAAAAGGAACACAUAAGGGAGUUAUACCCCUGGCAGGCAGAAUGUCUAAGUCUGCUGAAGACGGUUAGGUGGGAGGAAGGGGAAAGCUUCCUCUUCGUCGCCCCCACGUCAGGAGGCAAAACCCUCGUGGCUGAGAUCUUUGCCUUUGAGCAGAUGGACCAGACGGAAAAGACCUUCUUUUUGUUUCCCCUAAAUUCGCUAAUAAAUGAAAAGAUGAGUUACCUGAAGAAGCUGUGCAGGGGGACGAGCAUCAAGGUGGGGAGCGAGUUGGCGGAGAAUGACAUCGUCUUGUGCACCUACGAGAGGAUGAACAAUUAUUUGAAUAGGAACAAGUUGGAGGGGCAGGGGGGCAUGGGGGGCAUGGAAGUGGGCAUGGAAGUGGGUACAAACGUGGGCAUGAACGUGGGCAUGAACGUGGGCAUGAACGUGGGCAUGAACGUGGGUGUGAAGUUGGGGAUGGGCGGUUGCCCCCCCCAAGGAAGUAGCGCCAACCCCCAAGGAAGUAGUGCCAACCGAGGGGGCGACCCCCCCCACAACUACCUCAUCGUGAUCGACGAGUUCCACCUGAUAAGCGAAAAGGGAAGAGGGAUCUACAUAGAGAACAUCAUUUCCAAAAUUAUAUUCCUCAACAGAAAGCAAAGGCAAGCAAAGAUAAAGGUCAUCUGCAUGAGUGGCACGCUGAACAAUUUCCCCGCCUUGAAAAAGUGGAUGAAUGCAAAAAUAUACGUGUCCCCUUAUAGACGUCCCCAAGAGAUAAAGGAGCACUACAUCUGCAACUGUGGAGUGUAUAGGAAGGAGAAGGAAGGGUGUCCCUUUUCAUACCUUUGCAAUGUGUAUGAUUUCUACCGGUCAUGGGCGGAUAAAUCUGGUGAGCAAGGAGCUAAGCGGUUCCUCUACAACGUUGCCAGUGUUAGCAGCUUCAAGAGGUGCAACCUGAGCGACGAAAUGAAUACGUUCCACCAGAAUACCAAAGGUAAUAUUGCUCACUUUUUGAAGAUGAAGAAGAACCCCUCAGUGAACAACAGCCUCGUCCACUCUCUCCUCUGCUUCUCUCUACACAGCCGAGUGAAUAAUUUAAACACUCUUAUCUUCUGCUCGACGAAAAAAAAUUGCGAAGUGUAUAUCAGCUUGAUUAACCAGUAUUUCAGUGCCUUCCCUGUGGAGGACACCCCGGAGGAUGUGCAGCUCAGGAGGGAUAAGCUAAACGAGAGCAUCCGUCAGCUGGAUGGGUAUGCACACAGUACCAUGAGCAAGUUGGUGGCGAACGGGAUCUGCUACUACUAUAGCGAUAUAACAAAUUCGGUGAAGCGAUUGAUCGAGGUGGCUUACAAGGAGAAGACGCUUUUCUUGCUCACCUGCACGUCGACCCUCUCCGUUGGGUUGAACUUGCUCGUAGAUAGAGUCUUAAUAUCAUCCCCCUUCAUCGCCCAGAACUUUCUAAGCAUCACACAGUAUCGGCAGAUGAUUGGCCGCGCGGCGAGGCAGAAGAAGGGGGACUCCUUUCUGCUGGUGGAGAAAAGGCACGAGAAAAAAAUGCUGCAGAUAUUUCAGGAGAGCUGCACGAACAUUACGAGCACAAUGAACGACGGGGGGUCCCUGGACGAGAUGGAAAAGUACCUGAUUGAGUUCCUCUGCCUGGUGGACGCGCGGCCCGUGUCCCUGCGCGAUGUAGUUGUGAUGCUGUCCUUUUCGCUCUGCUUCGCGGAGGUGACGCAGGGGAGCGAAACGCAAUCGAGCGAAACGGAGUUGAGCGAGGCGCAGUUUGGCGAGAGGCAGUUGUGCGAAACGAAGUUGGGAGAAACCAAGUUGAUGGAGGGGCAGUUGUGCGAAACGAAGUUGAUGGAGGGGCAUUCCGCUGACCAGUCGGCUAACCAAACCGCUGACCAAUCUGCUAACCAACCCGAUGACCAAUCUGCUAACCAACCCGAUGACCAACCCGCUCACCACCCCGCCGCUGCCUCCGCGCCUGGCUGCCCCCUCGAAGUUGACGAGGAAAACUUCACCCCCAGCGAGCGCGCCUUCUACGAAGCGAAGAAGGAGCAAAUCCACGCCGUGCUGAAUGUGCUGAUCCAGCACAAGUGCGUCCAAGUGGAGAGCAACCGACGGAGACUCCGCCUCACCAACUUCUGCAGAUCCCUAUGUGUAAGCAACUUCACGGCAUCCUUCGGAUCAGAGCUCCUAUUAGAAGUGAAAAAAUAUGAUAGGGUGCACCUGUUCAACCACAGCUUCCACCUUUGCUACCUCUGCUCGGCACACAACCUGAAUGUCGCCUCCUUCUCCUACUGCCUCCCCUUUUUAAAAAACCUAAUCGGUAUGAUCUGCUCGGACAGUCACACCAAGCACAUCAUUUUUCAAGUCUUAGAAUUCGAUAGCGACGUCAUUAACAUGCUGGCGUUGAGGAAUCAAAACAAUUGCUUUUGGAAGAAGAGGAAGAAAUAUUUUGCAGAGGAUCAGAUGGAGAGGAAACACAAUAAGUUGUAUCUCUCCAUUUUGCUUUUUCUACACUUGAAGGGAACGACCUGCUCCGCUCUUUGCUCUCUUUUUAAAAUAACGGAGGAUGUUCUUCAGUCCGUUUUGCAGCACACGUACAUGCACGUGCACAUUUUGAUUUCGUUUUUCGACCAGCUGGACGAGUGGAUCCUCUCCAGCUUGCUGAGGAAGUUCCUCCUCAACUUUAGGGCCUGCAGGCUCGCCUCGGAGGAGGGGGGGCGCGCCAGGGCGCCCCGGGGGCGCAGGGCCCUCCGCGGGGGGCACACUCGGGAGCGUUCAGCUAAUGAGCGGCCCGGUUGA